AUGCAAUCCAUUGAGAAGCAAGAAGUUCGACAAGAAGAUCUACAGGUAUCAAUAACAGAUAACUGGACAACCGGUAAACGGCUAUACCAUGCGAUAACUCCCUGCCUAUUUGCGUUCCUGAUUACUUUGGGAACUUCUGUCCCCGAGCCUGCUAUUGCUAUUAUUAUGAAGGAAUUCUGCGUUGGCCGACUUGAGGCUACAAUGAGCAUCACUCUUUAUACGAUUGGCCUCGCGCUUGGCCCCCUUCUUUUCGCUCCUCUCUCAGAAACAUACGGUCGCAGAUGGAUCUAUAUUCUUGCUUCAACUUCCCUACUAAGUUUUGCAGCCGGGGCUGGAGCAGCCCAAAGCUUUGCUAGCUAUCUCAUCUGUCGAUUCCUAAGCGGGAUGCUAGGUUCUGUCGGCAUUGCCAUGGGUGCAGGAACAGUGGCUGACGUCUGGCCUCAUGGGCGGGGGCGUGCGUCUGCAUCGCUGAUGUUCGUCCUGGGUCCAUUUUUAGCCCCCAGCUUGGCGCCGUUCAUAGUGGCCUACUUUCUAGAAGCCUUCAAUAAUGAUUGGAGAUGGACGCAGUGGUUCUUGCUGCUCGUUGGAUUUCCCAUCUGGAUAUUGAUCCUGGGAAUGCGGGAGACCUCGACAGCGAAGCGUUCGAGAGACGGGCCGCCAAGGCAUCUACAACGCUCGUUGUCUCUCCCUCUGAAAAUGCUCUGCUCCGAUCCCAUAAUCUUCGCUUUGACUUUACACACUUCUUUUGGCUAUGCAAUGAUUUUCAGCUUCUUCUCUAGCUUCUCGUACAUAUUAACUCUUGACUACGCAUUCCACAACCCGCAGUCAAGCCUAUGUCUUCUGAGUCUAGCUAUAGGUUAUUUUUGUGCUAUUUUGCUGUUUUUGAUGCUAGAAGCAGUGAUACGCAUGCGCCUGAAGAGUUGCCAACAACGUCUUUCACGACCGGAGGAUGGACUAAUUCCAGGCAUUGCUGGAGGCGUUCUCCUUCUCGCGGGUGAAACAUGGUAUGCGUUCUCCGCCCGCAGGGGUGCAAGCUGGGCAGUAUUCGUUGCUGCAGGUAUACCCAUCGGCGGUGGCGCCUUUAUGCUUUUCCUUUCCGCUAUUAACUACAUAAUGCAAGUCUACGAUCAUCGGGUUGUUGCAUCUGCCAUUGCAGCGAAUGGAGCGAUUAGAUACAGCCUUGGCGCGAUAUGCCCUCUUUUCACGAUACAGAUGUAUGAGCGGCUGGGAGCACACUGGGCAAGUGGCACCUUUGCGCUGAUCUCUCUGCUGCUUCUCCCUCUUCCGUGGGUGUUGAUGCAAAAUGGUCAGCGGUUAAGAACUCGAUUACCGAAGCGUGACAUGGCAACUAGUGAUGUUGAGACUUAG